AUGGUUAAAUUAUGUAAAAGACGAUAUAAAAGAUGUUGUUAUACACUUUUCAUUUUGAUAUUGUCUACAAUUGGAAUUCUGGUUUUUACUUCUUCUUCUUCUUCGAAUAUAAAUGAUGAAUUUGAUUAUUCAACUGUUAUUUAUCCAUCACCAUUUGAUAUAAAUCGAACAAAUUUAUUAAUUUAUUUCAAUAAAAAAGAUUNUGAAAUUCAAUGUAAAGAUAAUAAAGAUGGUACAUGUGAUGUUACUUAUUGGCCGACUGCGCCAGGUGAAUAUACAAUAACUGUUAAAUUUGCUAAUAAACAUAUUGUUGGUUCACCAUUUACUGCUAAAAUAACUGGUGUAUCAUUAUCAGCUGACAAUCGUAAACGUUCACAAGUUAUGGUUGGAAAUCAAAGUGAAAUAAGUUUAGGUGUAACUGAAGUGGAUAUACAUGAUUUAACUGCAGCAAUACGUUCACCAAGUGGUGUAGAAGAUAUAUGUUUAUUAAAAAAAUUAGCUAAUGGAAGUCUUGGAAUAUCAUUUAAACCAAAAGAAAUUGGUGAUCAUUUAGUACAUGUUUAUCGUGAUGGUAAACAUAUUAAAAAUAGUCCAUUUCGUAUACAUGUUGGUUCAUCUGAAAUUGGUGAUGCCAAUAAAGUUAAAGUAUUUGGACGAAGCUUAAAAGAAGGUUAUGCUAAUCAAAUUAAUGAUUUUACUGUUGUUACACGUGGUGCUGGUUAUGGUAGUUUAUCAUUAUCAAUUGAAGGACCAUCAAAAGCUGAUAUUGAAUGUCAUGAUAAUGAAGAUGGUUCAUGUCUUGUUACAUAUAGACCAACUGAACCUGGUACUUAUAUUGUUAAUGUUAAAUUUGCUGAUAAACACGUACCUGGUAGCCCAUUUACAGUUAGUGUUGGUGGUCAUGGAUCAAGUCGACUCCGUGAAAGUAUUUUACGCGAACGUCGUGCUGCUGAUAUAACACAUAUUGGUAGUCAAUGUGAAUUAUCCCUUAAAAUUCCUGGUACAUCAUCGUUUGAUAUGAGUGUUUAUGUUACAAGUCCAACAGGACGUUUAGAAAAUUGUGAAAUUGUUGAACUUGAUGAUUGUAAUUAUUCAAUUAAAUUUAUUGCAAAAGAAAUGGGUGUUCAUACUGUUAGUGUUAAACAUAAAAAUAUGCACAUACCUGGUGAUCCAUUUGCAAAAGCUGCACAUGAUAUUUCGGCUCUUUUAAUACGCGAAAAAGACAUUUUAAGAAAAUUAAUUCACAAUUCACCAACUCUUCAAGGAAAUGUUCUUCUAUAUCCAUUUCAACAUGUUGUUUGUCUUGAAUUAAAAAAAAUUCCACCACAUAUGGUACUCGGUUUAUCUUUACUUCGUCAGCAGCUUGAAACAUUAAUAUGUUCUCAAUCUGUAACAAAAAUUGAAGAUUUAAUAAGUGAUUGUGGUGGAGAUUCAACACAACCUCAAGCAUGGCCACGACUUAAAUCACUUUUUCUUGCUCAUAAUUUUAUUGAAUGUCUUGAUCAAUCAUUAAAAUAUUUAGUUACACUCGAAGUACUUGAUUUAAGUCAUAAUCGAUUACAAGAUUGUUCAAAGAUAUUAGAUAUAAUACCUCAUGUAAAACAUUUAAAUCUUUCAUCUAAUCAUUUACGAAGUAUACCAAUAUGGUCAGAAACAAAAGGUUCAUGUCGAUUAUUAACACUUAAAAUACGUCAAAAUUCUAUUGAAGAUAUAACUGGUAUUGAAUUAAUGAAAUCAAUUGAAGAAUUAGAUUUAAGUGAUAAUUUUAUAACACGUAUACCUGAAUUAAUUCGACAGAUGUCUAUGAUAAAACGACUCUUCUUUGCACGUAAUCCAUUUACAUAUGCAUCAAAUUAUCGACAAAAUAUUAUAAAUAAUUUACCAUUUGUAUUUUCACAAGAAGCUCGAGAACUUAUAAUCGAUAAUGAACAACUUACAUCAAAAGAGAAACAAAAAAUUCCACGAAAACGUAUUCCUCCAUCAAAUCUUGUUCAAGGUUUUAGAUUUAGUUCGCCACCAUCAUCAUCACAAAAUACAACAACAAGUGAAUCGACAACAGAACCAGAAUCUAUUGUAACAAAUUCAUCUGGAACAAUUGUUUCACGACGUCGAUCUCGUCGAAAAUUUCGAGAUGGACGUUUACGAUCGCUUGAUACUGAUGAAACACCAACAGAACAUGCUACAUCUGGUUCAGAAAAUGAAUCAGCUGUAAAUAGACAUCGUUUAGGUAAAGUAGUUGAAUCACGUCAUGAAGUUGAUCAUAAUUAUCUUACAUCACAAUCACCAAUAACUGCUGGAAAUAUUUAUACAACAACAACACUUGAACAAGAUGAUACUAUAUUAAAAUCAUUACCAUCAACAACUUUUGCAAGUAGUAUUCCACGUAAAUUAGCAAAUGAGUUAUCAUAUUCUCCAAAACGAAAAAAAAGUCCUCGUUCACGAAAAUCUGAUCAACCAACAAAAAUUGUCUUAGAAGUUGUUGAUUUUCAAAAUACAAUGUCUGAUGCAACACCAGUACCAGAAUCACCAACAUCAGAAAAAGAAAUUUCAUUUAAUGAUAAAUAUUCAACAAUAAUAAUGCCUAAACAUGAAAUACAAUUCAUUACAAAUGAAGAACAUACUACUGGCGAUAGUAUACGAACAAUAUUUUUUGUUACUGAUCAAACAUCCGAUGAUAGAAAUAAUCGUUCACUUACAAUUGAAAUUGAUCGAAUGUAUUUAAUUGAAAAAGAUAAUAAUGAUGAAAAAUAUAUAGAAAAACUUAAAUAUUCAACAAUUACACUUUUAACUAAUAAUGAAAGUAAUAAAAAAAUUGUUGAAUUUACAUUUGAAAAACGACGAGGUGAAGUUGAACGAAGAAUUUAUUUAUUUGAUACAAUACACGAUCAAAAAGCUUUUGUUGAAGAAAUUGAACGUCAUCUUGAAUCACCAAUGUCAACUGAAAUAAAAUCUACUUUACCAUCAUUUGUUGAGUGUACAAAGUGUGGGAAAACGUUUCAGCAGUUUGCUACAAUUAACAAUACCGAAAAUGCAUCAUCUUAUGUUUGUACAAAUUGUCAAACUACAGUAUUAAUACCACCACCUGAGUUAGAUGAUGAAUCACAAUCAAAAACAUCUAUUGAUGUUUUAUCUGAUGACAUUGAACUUGAUCAUCGUUUACAUUUUCAUUUAGCUACAGAACAUUUUACUCAUGAUAAUGAACGAAUAAAACUACAUUUUAAAUGUUUUGUUGUUCGUUCAACAACAAGUAAAUAUUUUAUUGGUCAAACUAUUCUAACUGAUUAUGGUAUUUAUAUAUUUCAACAUGAAGUAUCAAAUAAUCAUAUAGAAUUCGAAUAUGUUCUUGUUGGUAAAGAUCUAUUAACAAAUGUACUUAUGCUUGAUAUUGGUUAUCGUUUACAAACAUUUACAAUUGAAUUACAAUCAGCUGCAUUUGCUUUUAUUCUUGCUGAUCAACAAAAAACACAAAAAAUUGUUAAUCAUAUUCUUGAAGUUCUUUCACCUUUUGUUCAAAGUGGUGAAAGUGCAUUACAAAAAAUCAGUCGUAUUAGUUCAGAUGAAUAUCGACAACGUCUAUUUGAUAUAAUUAAAAUUGAAUGUAAUAUUAAUGAACCAAAUGAUGAUAUGAUUGAUUUUUAUUCAACUAUGAUUCGAAUGGAUCAAACUGGUAAUAGCCAAAUGAUUGCUUUAUUACUUCUUCAAAACUGGAUAUUAAUGAUUGAAGAUGCUUAUGCAACAAUUGAUUCACGUCAUGUUCGUUUACCUGCUCAAUUAACAUCGGAACCAGGUAUAAGUCAACAAUUAAAAUGCGAUCUUAUGCAUUUAGUUAAUGUGACAAGCUAUCUAAAUCAUCCAAAAUUAUUAGUCUUUGAUUUUGUUGAUGAAUCAGAAACAAAACAAUUUCGCUGGAAAUUAGAAAGUAUAACAAAUGAAAGUAAAAAUGAAUUUUUGAAAAAAGUUCGAAAUACUUAUCAAACAUUUAUGGAUAUUUCUAUGCCAGAAACAUUGGUAUGUCGAAAAGACAAAAAAUAA